AGCCCUAUGUGCGUUGUCAUAGCGCCCGCACCGCCCAGCACCUGGGCGGCGGAAGUGACGCCAGGCACAGCGAAGCACUUCCUGUGUGGGCAGUCGGUGGAGGUGGAACGGCUGCGGCGGUUAUUGGAGCCGCUAUCCCUCAGGACAUUGCGCGGCUGGGUGUCCGACAGAGGCUGGUCCCGGCUAGGAUACAACGGAGCCAGAUGGGUGCCAGACAGCAGCAGGUCGUCCUAAAGUGAAGGGAGCAUGCACAGGAUUUUGUAGCUCUACUAGUGACCCCACCCCACCCCGAUGGUAACAUGUCUGUAGACAUGAACAGUCAGGGCUCAGACAGUAAUGAGGACUAUGACCCUAAUUGUGAGGAGGAGGAGGAGGAAGAAGAGGAAGAUGAACCAGGAGACAUAGAAGAUUAUUAUGUUGGGGUCGCUAAUGACGUGGAGCAGCAAGGGGCAGACUCGUUUGACCCGGAGGAGUAUCUGUUUACCUGCCUCACCUACAGGGAAUCGGAGAGUGCGCUCAAUGAGCAGAUGGCGAGCUUGGCAUCGUUGGUAAAGGUAUCUCAUUCUGUGGCAAAACUCAUCUUAGUUCACUUUCAUUGGCAAGUCUCAGAAAUACUAGAACGGCAUAAACUGAAUUCUCCACAGUUGUUAGUUGACGCCAGAGUUCAGCCAUUAUCGUUUAAACAUGUAAUGGCACAUUCCUCCCAUCACUGCGCGGUGUGCAUGCAGUUUGUCCGGAAGGAGAACCUGCUGUGUCUGCCCUGCCAGCACCCGUUCUGCCGCAGCUGUUGGGAGCAGCACUGCACAGUUCUGGUGAAGGACGGGGCUGGCGUUGGGAUCUCCUGCAUGGCCCAGGAAUGCUUACUCCGAGCGCCAGAAGAUUUUGUUUUUCCUUUACUGCCUAAUGAGGAACUAAAAGACAAAUACAAACGUUAUCUCUUCAGGGACUAUGUAGAGAGCCACUAUCAGCUACAGCUGUGCCCCGGUGCUGACUGCCCUAUGGUCAUACAGGUUCAGGAGCCAAAGGCUCGCCGGGUGCAGUGCAACAGAUGCAGCGAGGUCUUCUGCUUUCGGUGCCGCCAAAUGUACCACGCUCCCACAGACUGCGCCACCAUCCGGAAGUGGCUGACAAAGUGCGCAGAUGACUCGGAAACAGCAAACUACAUCAGUGCUCACACUAAAGACGAUGUGUUGUUGGAGAAAGCUUCCAGGCAGUUGUAUAGCCAGAGAGCAGAUUGUCUACUAUUGUGUCCCAAGUGCAAUAUUUGUAUCGAAAAAAAUGGUGGCUGCAAUCACAUGCAAUGUUCGAAAUGCAAGCAUGACUUCUGCUGGAUGUGCCUUGGUGACUGGAAGACGCACGGCAGCGAGUAUUACGAAUGCAGCCGCUACAAAGAGAACCCUGACAUUGUGAAUCAGAGUCAACAGGCCCAGGCCAGGGAGGCGCUGAAGAAAUACCUCUUCUACUUUGAGAGGUGGGAAAAUCACAAUAAAAGUCUGCAGCUGGAAGCCCAGACCUACCAGCAAAUUCAGGAAAAGAUUCAGGAGCGGGUCAUGAACAACCUUGGCACCUGGAUUGACUGGCAGUACCUACAGAAUGCUGCAAAGCUGCUGGCAAAGUGCCGAUACACACUGCAAUACACAUAUCCCUACGCUUACUACAUGGAGUCCGGUCCCCGAAAGAAGUUGUUUGAGUAUCAGCAGGCCCAGCUGGAAGCAGAAAUCGAGAACCUUUCCUGGAAGGUGGAGCGGGCAGACAGCUACGACAGAGGGGACCUGGAGAACCAGAUGCAUAUAGCGGAGCAGCGCAGGAGAACAUUGCUAAAGGACUUUCACGACACAUAAGAAGCCGGAGAAGCGUGAGCAUGUUGUGGUGUGACGGAGAUUUGACGCUGGGGGGGAAAAAAAAAAAUUAAUACACAGUAGCUCUGAGGAAUGUGAAGAAAAUCCACCUUACCCCGCUCGCUCGUACGAAACGUGGUCCGUUUUAGUUUUUUAUAAUUAUUAUUUUUUUCUUAUCCCAGCCUCCCACCUUUACCAGAUUAGCUGCUGUGAAUGGCAUACCGUUUCAGAUCUUGUCCUUUCCUUUUUAUUUUAUUUUUGGCAUUUUUUUUUUUUUUUUCUCCUCGCCCUUUUUUCUUGUUUUAUACCUCUCCUCCUCUCUCUCCACCUGCCUGCUAUCUACUGCGGAAAGCAACUCGAGACGUGGAAGUGUUUGUUUGUUUGAUUCAUUCUUUUUUUUCUUUUUCUUUUUUUUUUGUCCCGGAUGGCAAGUGUUGGAAACGUAGUUCAAUUUUUUGAAUGGCUGUUAAUAGAAUUAGAUUAUUAUGCAAAAUGUCCUUUUGAACUGUUGUACAAUUAUACAGAAAAAAAAAAUAGAAUUACAAAAACACUUUUUAAAAACA